AUGGGUGGCCUGGCUUUUGUUUCUCAUAUCUUAUCCAUCAAAACGCCUCGUAUGAGUCGGGAAGUCUACAACAAAGCUCUCAAACAAAAUCAAGCCAUUCUACGAGGAUUCUACUCCAAAGUUGCGAGUGCUAUCGAGGGCCCUGGCAAGACUACGUAUGGAGAUGUCGAUAUUCUUGUUGCGUUGCCUUUGAAGGACGCGUUCUCUUCAGAAGAACGAGUUGCAGACAGGCUCAAAAAAGCUUUGAAUGCAGUCGCCUGGAUACAAGAUAAAGGCAGUCCCACCAUCAACUUUGCGGUUCCUUGGCCGAAAAAUUCCAUCGCUGGUGAUGGCGAUGUGGUAGGUGAGGGUGGGGGGGAACUGGACGAAUCUACAGAUGCGGCAUCAGAGGAGUGGUAUGUUCAGGUUGAUGUUCAUACAUGUAAAGAUGAGCAUGAAUUUGGUUGGGAACUGUUUCACUCUUCCCAUGGCGACUUAUGGAACAUCAUCGGCACAACCAUCAGGAGAUUUGGACUUACUGUCAAUAACCGUGCAUUGUUCAUUCGGAUUCCUGAAAUUGAGUUGGCUGACAGGAAGAAGAGCAUGUUAUUUCUGACUGAUGAACCUACCAAGAUACUCGACUUCUUAGGCUUAGAUGAAGAAAAGUGGUGGAAACGUUUUAGUACUCGUCAGGAAAUGUUUGAAUAUGCAGCUUCAUGUCGAAUGUUUUCGGUCAAAGAUAUAGUCGAAGGGGAAGUAAAAGAAAGGAAAAAGCUAAAGCACAAUGAUCGACAACGCAUGACAAAACGUCCUACUUUCAAAGCUUGGGUUGAUGAAUUCAUACCUCAAUGUCGCAAAGAAAGGAAAUAUGGCGAUAGUAAAAUCACGAGGAAAGAGAUUCGAAAUGAAGUUUUCGAAAAGUUUGGUGUCAAGGGGGAAUACGAAACCAGACAACAAGAAUGGAAUCUGAAAAGACAUCUAAUGGAAUUAACGAGGGAUGGUAUCAAGGGCAAUAUUCCUUUGGAUACAGUGGAUGGUCAAAUGAGGUUGGCAGCUAUCAAAGUUCUGAAGGGUAUCAUCAUAGAUGGAGAGCCAUACGAGGGAAGUGUGCCAAAGGCUGCAAUGAAGGAUGAGAAUGGAUUCUACGACCUUGAGCUGGUCAAACAUUUCGUGAUUGAAAAUUGGGAGAACGCAGGGAGGGCUGGCAUGGCAAGGCAGCAAGUCAAAAUCAGGGAAGUCAUGAAGGCGAAAGCUGAAAUUAAUGCAAAGGCGAAGGCGGAGCAGGAUUAUGCUCUACAGUAG